AUGUUUUCCAACGCCCUCAAAUCCUUUACCUCGAAUAUCUCCUCUAAUUACUCCGUCGCAUCCCAACCGUCCUCACUAUCAGGUCCGUGGAAGAUCUACGAUGCGAAGAAGAAGUCCACCGGCAAGGCCGCCUCGGUCUUUGUGUUCGACAAGAAGUCUUUGGAACCCCAUGGAGGCGGGUUGGGUGGAAGGUCCAGUACCGCGUCAUUGAAGCGCGUACAUGAGGAGGUGGUGGAGAGGCUCAAGAAGGAGGCCAGCUCGCUCGCCCGACUAAGACAUCCAAGCGUUCUGGAACUGGUUGAGCCGGUAGAGGAAACGAGGGGUGGUGGGCUGAUGUUCGCAACGGAGCUAGUAACGGCAUCGUUGGCUGGAUUGCUACAAGAAAAGGAUGAUCAAGAGAGAUCGGGAGGCGUUGGUGGAAGGCCAAGCAAAUAUGUCGUCGAAGAUGCCGAGGGGGUCAAGAGGAGACGAGAGCUCGAGAUCGACGAGUUGGAGAUACAAAAAGGGUUGCUGCAGCUUGGGAAAGGCCUCGAGUUCUUGCAUGAGAGUGCUGGACUAGUUCAUGGGAACUUGACCCCCGACGCGAUAUUCAUCAACGCCAAAUCCGACUGGAAGAUAGCCGGCCUUGGAUUCUCCAGUCCACCGAGCGACUCUACCUCCUCGACGCCGUCAAUAUCCCUAUCCGAAGUGUUGAAUUCCGACCCUCGACUUCCGAGAUUUGUUCAGCUAAAUCUCGACUAUUCGUCGCCGGACUUUGUCGUCGACAACAAUAUAACGACUGCAGCCGAUAUGUUCACCUUGGGUAUUCUGAUCCUCGCGCUGUAUAACUCCCCUCACAAAAGCCCCCUGGACACCUCCUCGAGCAUUUCUACCUAUAAGCGCAUCUUUUCAUCUUCCUCGUCGGUGCCUUCGCAAGGCAAUAAUUUCCUUAUCAAAGGCUCACUACCCCGUGAAGUCCCGAACCUCCUAUCCCGACUUAUUACCCGACGACCGGCGCAGAGGCUCAGCGCGAGAGAGUUCCAACAAGCCUCAUAUUUUGACAACAUCCUUAUUUCGACCAUUCGAUUUCUGGAGAGUCUCCCGGCGAAGACCCCCAGCGAGAAAUCACAGUUCAUGCGGGGACUCCCGAGGAUCUUGAACCAGUUUCCCAAAACGGUGCUGGAGAAAAAGGUGCUCCCUGCAUUGCUGGAUGAGACCAAGGAUCGGGAGUUACUUGCAAUGGUGCUGCAAAAUGGUUUCAAGAUUAUCACCACCCUCCCACCCACACAUGCCCGACGAGCGUUCACGGACAAGGUGAUCCCGAAGCUGAAAGAUGUUUUCACGACACCGAGCGGAUCAAAAGUCGCUGCUCCAGAACGGGACACCGCAAAGGAAGCGGGACUAAUGGUUUUGCUGGAGAAUCUAAAAACUGUAUCGGAUCAUUGCACAGGCAAGGAUUUCAAAGACGACAUCCUCCCCAUUGUCGUACUAGCGCUCGAAUCCCCGACCCAUUCUCUUGUCGACGCUGCUCUGCGAAGCCUUUCUAUCAUCCUUUCGAUCCUAGAUUUCUCCACUGUGAAAAACGAACUCUUCCCAGUCAUUGCAGCGGUGUUCAGCAAAACCAGUAGCAUGGGGAUCAAAAUCCGCGGAUUGCAAGCUUUCAAUGUGCUGUGUGGUGGCACCCCUGGAGCAGACGACCAAGACGAUGGUGGAUUAAGCGGAUUCGGCACGGAUCAGUCGCCAACAGCAAAGACAAAUUCUGUCAUCCUAGACAAGUAUACCAUUCAAGAGAAGGUCGUGCCGCUCAUGAAAGGAAUCAAGACGAAGGAACCUGCAGUGAUGAUGGCCACCCUCGAAGUGUUCCGGGAAGUUGGCAAGAUCGCCGACUCGGACUUCCUUGCUAUGGAAGUGUUGCCGAUCCUCUGGAGCUUCAGUCUCGGUCCACUCCUCAACCUUUUGCAGUUCCAGUCGUUCAUGUCGCUCAUCAAGUCCAUUUCCACGCGCAUCGAACAAGAACAGACCCGCAAACUCCAAGAACUGGGCUCCACCACGGCCGCAGCGGCGACGUCCAGUGAUUUCAUGACCUUCGGGCCCAGUGGAACGAACGGCGCCCUCGGCUCCGCUGGGGGAGAUGAGGUGGAUUUCGAGAGUCUGGUGCUGGGGCGGAAGCCGGGUGCGGCCGCUGACCCGCUUGGAAACGACUGGAUGUCUUCCGCAUCCGCAUCGUCAUCGCUCCCUCAUCGACCAACACAAAACACCGCGCCAGCGCCUACAUUCUCAUGGUCGUCACCGCAGACCUCGUUGUCCCCGUCAGGCACUGGCGUGCUUACGCCUCAGACUGCAUCCUCCCGUGCAAUCACCCCCGAGCUCAACUUGAGCAGUUUUGCCACCCUCCAACCGUCGAAUCCAGGAACGGGCGGCUCUUUCGGCCAACCUCUCCAGCAUUCAAAGCCAACUAUGAACCAGCUUAAUCCUAGCCAAUCCUCCAUUGAUUGGUCUCGAGCAUCGGGGGCGCCAAAUACUGCCAUGGGCGGUACCACAAACAUAUGGGCCACUCCCUCCUCCCCGGCGCCUCCUUUUAACAGCAUGCAGUCGUCUAGCGCAUUUUCCAUCCCUCCACCCGCGCCGUCACAAUACUCGAGCUUUAACAUCGCGCCGCCAUCAUCGCAAAGCAGACCUUCGGUGAAUCAAGGUACACUCGGGGGCGGCACGUCUAGUUUUCAGCGACAAACAAGCCAACUACCAGGGCCACCAGCACCGCAGAAUCACGCUCAGAAGCAAGGAUUGGACAAGUACGAGAGCUUAAUAUGA